AUGUAUUUCCAGCUUCUGGGCGCAUUCGCAUGGACAGCCUGGUUUCUCAGAGCCCAGCUGGCUGAUUGCGCCCGGCCAGAAAUCCGUUCGUUGAGCGCCUCACUUGCUGCUGAAUCUGUGACCUUGCAAUUUCGCAAAGCGAUUGCCCGGAGCCGCCGCAAUCUCCAGGCCAUUCGACAAGCAGUCGCUUCUUCCCAGUCUGAGGACGAGGACGAGGACACGAGCGAAGAGGACGAGUCGGAACUUACAUCGUACCUUUGCAAGGCGACGUUGGAGAAGUGCCGCGAGCUGGAUGGAGGGGAGCUUAGAGGCGGACUGAGCAAACUCUGCAAGCAGACGGAUGAGAAGGCCAUUGUUCAAGCGCUCUCCGAAGGGUUCAAAGCAGACGACACCCAGAUUGUCAAGUGGAUAUGCCGUGGCGUAUCGGUUGCUACAGAGGACAUGGGGGAUGACGGCCUCAAAGUCUGUCAGGAGACAGGGAAGAUGCUGUUGGGAGGUCUGACGCAAAUUAUGGAAUCCGGUAACGAUGAUUUCAGGCGACGGAAGUUUCUGCUCUAUGCAGUCAAAGCUGCCGCAGCGCUUGCACCACUUCCACCACCUCUGGGCAAAGUGAUUGACAAGGCUGCAGAUCACGCCCUUGCUCAGUUCUCCGAG